AUGAUCCACUCCACGCUCCCUCACAUCUCCGAGACUCCGACUACUAUUCAAUUUCUCAAACGAGGGAUGGAGUCUGGAAACGAAGUUGUUUCAGAGGAUGGAAGCGGUGUUGCUGUUAAUGAAGAUCCGAAUGUGAAAAAAGAGGAAGAAAACUCAAAUAAAGUCGAGGAGCCCCUUAAUUCAACAGGAGUUGAAGUGAUCGAAAUCAUUGAAUCGCCUGACAUUCGAGGGAAAAACUCCAUUAAAGUUUCAACAAACGACGCGACUUCAAAGAACAAGAAAGUAGUUAAAAAGAUCCCUAGUACGAGUUCUUCCUCUCGCAAUCCUAAGUCAAAUCCGUCUCAGAAUUCAUCUUUUCCUGCUAAAACCCCAAACCCUAAUUCCAUGAAGCCUGCCAUUGCUGGGCACCCUGUGAAACCACGAAUUGAAUCAAAAGAAGUGACUGCAAAGAGUAGUGGUAUGGCUACCCGGAGAGCCAGUUUACAUUCAGUCACAGGCCUACACACCUCAAGGCCCAAAAAAUCCAAUGGAAAUGAAGACUGCCCUCCUUCUGAAGACUCCUUAUCAGUUAAUCAACAUUCAAAACCAAUCAAAACCGCAGUUAGAGAAGAUGAUGACACUCGUUCCUCUACCUCAUCAGGGCAACAUAGGAACAUUGCAUCCGGCUUUUCUUUCAGGUUGGAUGAACGUGCUGAAAAGCGAAGAGAGUUCUAUUCAAAGUUGGAGGAAAAGACUCAUGCAAAGGAAAUGGAGAAGACUAAUUUGCAAGAAAAGUCAAAGGAAAGCCAAGAAGCCGAGAUCAAGAAAUUAAGGAAGAGUUUAACAUUUAAAGCUGCCCCACUGCCAAAGUUUUACAAAAAACCCCCUCCGAAAGUAGAACUGAAGAAGAUGCCACCCACACGUCCAAAAUCUCCAAACCUGGGCAGAAACAAGAGCGCUGUGGCUGAAUCAUCAAGUAAAGUCAACCAUGAGAAAGAGGUAGUCAAACCCGAAAAGUCAACUGGAAAAGUCAAAGCAAAAACCUCACCUUCCAAAGCCAUGGUCAAACCAGAAAAGUCAAAUGAAAAUACUGGUAAAACAGAAGAUGAAGGAAAGGAUCAAGUUUGGAAUGAGGAAUUUGAAGCAGUCCAAAUCCCAUCUGUAAAUCCUCUUGAGGUUGAGGAUUGGAUAGAAGUUGGUGCUGAAAAGAACGCUGCAGGGGUUGAGGAAUUGACCAAUGAGGAUGUGACACCUGGAGAUAUUGUCAUUGUUGAAGGUUGUCUCUACAGGUUUAUAUGA